UUUAGUCUUCACUGCUGUGUGUCUUCUGCUUCCAGAGGCCCAGUCUCUGUGGCCCCGUUACCUGCAGGUAUUGGGAGAUCCACAGCUAAGACCCCAGGACCCCCUGGAAGCCUAAAAAUGGGACCAUUGACGUUUAUGGUUGUGGCCAUAGAAUUCUCUUUGGAGGAGUGGCAGUGCCUGGACAGUGCACAGCAGAGUUUAUAUAGGCAUGUGAUGUUAGAGAACUACAGAAACCUGGUUUUCUUGGGUAUUGCUGUCUGUAAGCCAGACUUGAUUAGCUGUCUGGAGCAAGAAAAAGAGCCCUGGGAUAUGAAGAGACCUGAGAUGGUAGCUAAACAUUCAGUUAUGUUUUAUUAUUUUGCCCAACACCUUUGGCCAGAGCAGAACGUAAGAGAUUCUUUCCAAAAAGUGACCCUAGGAAGAUACAGAAAAUGUGGAUAUGAGAAUUUAAAGUUAAGAAAAGGCUGUAAAAGUGUGAUUGAGUGUAAGCAGCACAAAGGAGAUUAUGGUGGACUUAACCAAUGUUUGAAAACUACCUGGAGCAAAAUAUUUCAAUGUGAUGAAUAUGUAAAAGUUUUCCAUAAAAUUUCAAAUUCAAAUAGACACAAGAUGAGGCAUACUGAAAAUAAACAUUUUAAAUGUAAAGAAUGUGGCAAAACAUUUUGCAUGCCUUCACACCUAACUCAACAUAAAAGUAUCCAUAUUAGAGUGAAUUUCUACAAAUAUGAAGAAUGUGGAAGAGCCUUUAACUGGUCCUCAACCCUUAAUAAACAUAAGAGAAUUCAUGCCAGAGAAAAACCUUACAAAUGUAAAGAAUGUGGCAAAGCCUUUAAUCAGACCUCACACCUUCUUAGACAUAAGAGAAUUCAUACUGAAGAGAAACCCUACAAAUAUGAAGAAUGUGGCAAAGCCUUUAACCAGUCAUCAACUCUUACUACACAUAAUACGAUUCAUACUGGGGAAAAACCCUGCAAAUGUGAGAAAUGUGAUAGAGCUUUUAACCAAGCCUCAAAGCUUACUGAACAUAAGUUAAUUCAUACUGGAGAGAAACCCUACAAAUGUAAAGUAUGUGGCAAGGUUUUUAACCAGUUCUCAACCUUUAAUACACAUAAGAUCAUUCAUACGGGAGAGAAACCUUAUGAAUGUGAAGAAUGCGACAAAGCUUUUAACCGAUCCUCAAAACUUACUGAACAUAAGUACAUUCAUACUGGAGAGAAACCGUACAAAUGUGAAGAAAGUGGUAAAGCCUUUAACCAGUCCCCAACCCUUACUACACAUAAGAGAAUUCAUAGUGGAGAGAAGCUCUACAAAUGUGAAGAAUGUGGCAAAGCUUUUACACAAUCUUCAAACCUUACUGACCAUAAAAAAAUUCAUACCGGAGAGAAACCCUACAAAUGUGAGGAAUGUGGCAAAGCAUUUAACUGAUCUUCAAACCUUACCGAACAUAAGAUUCAUACUGCAGAGAAAUUCUACAAAUGUGAAGAAUGUGGCAAAGCUUUUAACCAGCUCUCAAACCUUACUAGACAUAAGCUAAUUCAUACUGGAGAGAAACCCUAUGAAUGUGGAGAAUGUGGCAAAGCCUUUAACCAGUCCUCAGCCCUUAGUGCACAUAAGAUAAUCCAUACUGGAGAGAAUCCCUACAAAUGUAGAGAAUCUGGCAAAGUUUUCCACCUAUCCUCAAAACUUAGUACACAUAAGAAAAUUCAUACUGGAGAGAAACUCUACAAAUGUGAAGAAUGUGGCAAAGCCUUUAACCGAUCUUCAACCCUUAUUGGACAUAAGAUAAUUCAUACUGGAGAGAAACCCUAUAAAUGUGAAGAAUGUGGCAAAGCUUUUAACCUGUCCUGCAACCUUACUGCACAUAAAAAAAUUCAUCUUGGAGAGAAAUCCUACAAGUGUGAAGAAUGUGGCAAAGCUUUUAACCGAUCUUCAACGCUUACUACACAUAAGAUAAUUCAUACUGAAGAGAAACAGUACAAAUGUGAUGAAUGUGGCAAAGCUUUUACCUGAUCCUCAAAACUCAUUGAACAUAAGAAAAUUCAUACUGGAGAGAAACCUUACAAGUGUGAAGAAUGUGGCAAAACUUCUAAUAAUUUCUCAACUUUUACUAAACAUAAGAUAAUUCAUACUGGAGAGAAGCUAUACAAAUGUGAUGAAUGUGGCAAAGCUUUUACCCGAUCUUCGACCCUUACUACACAUAAGAUAAUUCAUACUGGAGAGGAACCCUACAAAUGUGAAGAAUGUGCCAAAGCUUUUAAUCGAUCAUCAAACUUUACUGAACAUAAAAAAAUUCAUACUGGAGAAAAAAAAUCCUACAAAUGUGAAGAAUGUGGCAAAGCUUUUAACCGAUCUUCAAACCUUACUAAACAUAAGAAAAUUCAUACUGGAGAGAAACCUUACAAAUGUGAAGAAUGUGGAAAAGCUUUUAACCAGUUCUCAACCCUUACUACACAUAAAAUAAUUCAUACUGGAGAGAAACCAUAUGAAUGUGAAGAAUAUGGCAAAGCUUUCAACUUAUACGUAAACCUUACUACACAUAAGAAAAUUCAUACUGGAGAGAAACCCUGCAAGUGUGAAGAAUGUGGCAAAGCUUUUAACCAAGUGUCAACUCUUACUAUACAUAAAAAAAUUCAUACAGGAGAGAAACCUUACAAAUGUGAAGAAUGUGGCAAAACUUUCAGUCGAUCCUCAAAACUCAAAAACUCAAAUCCUCAAAACUCAAAAUCCUCAAAACUGAAAAAUGUGGUAAAGCUUUUAACCAUUUCUACACAUAAAAUAAUUCACACUCGAGAGAAAUGCUACAAAUGUGAAGAAUGUGGCAAAGUUUUUAACAGAUCUUCAAACCUUACAGAACAUAAAAAAAAUCAUACAGGAGAGAAAUCCUACAAAUGUGAAGAAUGUGGCAAGGCCUUUAACCGGUCCUCAACUCUUACUAAGCAUAAGGUAAUUCAUACUGGAGAGAAACUCUACAAAUGUAAAGAAUGUGGUAAAGCUUUUAAACAGUUCUCACACCUUGCUGUACAUAAGAUAAUUCAUACUGGAGAGAAACUCUACAAAUGUGAAGAAUGUGGCAAAGCUUUUAACUUAUACUCAAACCUUACUGCACAUAAGAAAAAUCAUACUGGAGCAAAACCCUACAAAUGUGAAGAAUAUGGCAAAGCUUUUAACUUAUCCUCAAACCUUACUGCACAUUAAGAAAAAUCAUACUGGAGUGAAACCCUACAAAUGUGAAGAACGUGGCAAAGCUUUUAACUUAUCCUCAAACCUUACUGCACAUAAGAAAAAUCAUACUGGAGUGAAACCCUACAAAUGUGAAGAAUGUGGCAAAGCUAACCUAUCCUCAACCCUUACUCCACAUAAGACAAUUCAUACUUGAGAGAAACCCUGCAAAUGUGAAUAAUGUGGCAAUGCUUUUAACUAAAUCUCAAACUUUACUAAACGUAAGAAAAUUAAUACUGGAAACUUUACAAACCUAAAAGAUGAGACAAUGAUUUUGAAAACACCUUCAAGCAAUCAUACUGGUGAGAAAUCCUAAAAAUGUGAAGAAUGUUACAAAGCCUUUAAAUGGUUGUCACACUUGAUUAUAAGUAAGAUAAUUUAUACUGGAGAAAACUCCCAGAAGUGCGAAGAAUGUGGCAAAACUUUUAUUAAUUUUCACACCUUAUUGCACAGGAAAGCCCUUCAGAAAAAUUGUACAAAUAUAAAUGUGGAAAAGCCAUUAAUAUCUGGUUACAUCUUACUCAACAUUAGAGAGUUAUUGCUUAAUAAAAGCAUUAUAAAUGCAGUUAAUGUAAAAAACUCAGAAAACAAAAACUUUCUUUUUUAGAUGGAGUCUUGCUCUGUCACCCAGGCUGGAAUGCAGUGGUGUGAUCUUGGCUUACUGCAACCUCUGCCUCCCAGGUUCAAGCAGUUCUCCUGCCUUAGCCUCCAGAGUAGCUGAGACUACAGGCGCACACCACCACGUUUGGUUAAUUGUUUUUAUUUUUAGUAGAGACUGACUGUCACCAUGUGGGCCACCCUGGUCUUGAACUCCUGACCUCAAAUGAUCAACCUGCCUCUGCCUCCCAAAUUGCUGGGAUUAUAGGUGUGAGUUGCUGUGCCUGACAAAAAUAAGCCUUUAAAGAGAUAUGAGCAUUUUGAAGACACAUAUUAGGAACAUAAAGAGGGUUGUAGUGUCUUUACUUGUAUCACAGAUUUUGUUGUACACAUUAUGUACUAAAGGAAAAUCCUGAAGCAGUGAUCAAAUUUUGAUUAACAUCAGGGAGUUUAUAUUGGAGAAAAACUGCAAAUGUAGUAUAUUUGGAAAAACAUUUUUUCAAGAACUACUGCUUAGAAAACACCAGGGGACUCAUACUAAAAUAUAUUUUUGAAGAUGCAGUAAGUAUAAAAGAAAUUUAAUGCAAAAUUAACUGGGUGUAAAUAUCAGAGAAUUCACAGUAGAAAUAUCUAAGGCACUGACACUUCAGACAUUGCACUUAAUCAGUGUGCUGAGUACAGAAAAUGCUCCAAAAUUAAAGUUGAUAGAUAAAUUAUUUGUAUAUAACUUUAAAAGAGGUAGAAAUAUUUUUAGUUAUAAUUACAUUUAAAGUAUACUUUUUUCUUUGAAAAAAUUACAGAAUUUUUAAAAAGUGAGUGAUGUAAUUCAACUCAAAUUACUUCAUGCUCUUCAUUCCUAUUGUAUGAAGAACGUGAUCUUCAUACAAUAAAGAUCACGUAAAAUGUAAAAACCUGUAAAACAUGUAAAAACGUGAUCAAUUGUUGCUUCAUCAAAGACAUGAGACAUUCUUUUUUGUUAGGUGGGCAUUAUUUUUGACCUUUCCUAUGGAAGAGUAAAGACAUUACAAUGUAGGAUGCAUGAUAAAAAUCUAAGUGGACAGGCGCUUUGUGUUUAAUUUAAAAUAUUGAUUGAUGUAUGAGGGAGGUGUUCAGAGGAAUAUUCUUCUGCAUUCUAGUGAAAAUAUCUUUUGUUUUAGUUAAAAUUAAAUUAAAAUUAGUAGUGUAUCAUCAUUCUAAUUGUAUUUCUAUGUAAUAAAAUGCAGCACAUUAAAAAAAAUUUUAGAUUAUUGUGAAGUUAAUUUUUUAAUUAAACUUUUUUUUAACGUGUUAAGACCAUUGUGCAUUCAAUGAAGUGUUAUUACGCCACUAACUUUAACCUAUCCCACCUUACCCAAGGGUGUAGGUAAAAGAUAGUGACAUUGUACUGUGUAAUAACAUAGUGGACUAACAUCUCUAAUAAUUUCUCUUGCCAGUGACUUUAAACUAAAGAACUUAAUUAAAGAACAUUGUUCUCAUAGGUUAAAUUUUUAUUCUUUUUUUUUAUUUAAACAUAUUUUUCUUAAAUUUUAUGGGUACAUAGUAUGUGUAUAUAUUUAUGCCAUAUAUAGCAUAUUUUGAUACAGGCAUAUAAAUAUAUAUUAAUCACAUUAGGGCAAAUGUAGUACCCAUCAACUCCAGCGUUUAUCAUUCGUAUUACAAACCAAGUCUACACUUCUAGUUACUUUAAAAUGUACAAGUAAAUUGCUAUUGACUAUAGGGUCAUUUUCAUGGGCAUAAUAAAAAUUAUAUACAAGUAUAAAUAAAAUCCUGAAUCUUAAAAUUCUGAGUUCUGCCUAAACAUUUUAAAAAUUUUGUUAUGUAUUUUUCUUUGAACAUGUCUCUCUGCCUGCAAACAUAACAGAAUUUUAGUAUUGGUUUACAUAGAGUUAACUAUACACAUAUAUGACCCUAAAAAUAAACCUUAGGUGCUAGAAAAUUAUGGA